AUGGCCACUUCCGCUGAAAUGUCGGGCACAGUUCAGCAAAUUGAGAGCAUCAUUCAAACUAUCGAAAGGUGAGUUGCCCUUUUUAUGUGGUACUCCUCGUUCAGUUUGCUGUCUGCAUGCCUCUUUCAACUUUUUCAAAGUGAUGUGACAAAGUGACUGAAAACGCAAUCAAAAAAUGGCUGGUCUUCAUCAUCGUUUUGCCGCCCGCCCGCUUAGCUUAGCCAUUAUCCUGGUAGCCAACCGGACAGGUUAAUAGUGGACGGUUAUUGGACAUUAUGCACUGGACAGGACGAAGAAGAAAACGAGGAAAAGCUAAACUUUGGUCAGACGCCGAGGGAAAUGGAAAUGCAUGCAAUGUUUCAUUGGCAUGAACGCCGUGAAAAAUUUAUGGUCCCUUUACGACACCUCUUUCACUUUUUGGCCCCUGUCCUCCUAUGCCUGAGCCGCGAGCUCAGCUCAGCAAACGCCAUUUUCCCUUUUUUUGGUACGUUUGGCUAGGUUUUUUGAAUUCUCGAAUUGUCGAAUUCUCAAAGUAAAAUAACUAUUUCCUGAGCUUCUGAACUUUGCUUCUUUAUAAUUUGAAAAGAAGUCAUCCGUACACGGCAUCCUCAGAUCCACAGAUAGCUAUCAAGAUUGGGAUACUUCCAGAUCUUCUCAUCUCUUCUCUUCCCGAUCCUUUCUCUCAUCUGUCUUAACGGUGUCAGAUGCUAUCUUGCCGUUGAAAGACCCGUUUUCUGUGACCGUUCGAAUCCGUCUCAACAUCCCGAAUAUGUGUUCUUACACCGAAAAAAGGCGGAAAAGGUUGAACAGCCCAGCCCGUCACAUACAUGAAUCAUGUUUAUUCGCUUUUUGGCGAAGAAUAAUAAAAGACUGAAACACAACUCGUGAGAGAGCGGAAUGACGUGGCAACAAAAGCGGUCUGGGUCUCUGAGUGUUGAACUGUAUAGAAAUAGAACAGGAACAACAUUUGAUACUGUAUCAGGCAGCACGCUCGCCACUCACUACUGAUAGUGUGAGAAACAGAAACAUACAAAAUUUUAGUAGCUUCUGAAAAAAAUACUGUUUUGCUCAAAUAUACGUGUUCUUUGUCCGGAAUAAUGCCAAAAGGCCUUCGGCUCCGCAAGCACGGUAAUUUGAUACUUGUGAAAAUGGUGGCGCGUGCGAAAUAUUCAUAUUUGACCAAAAGGGUCGCUCAAGCGCGGGCCAUUAAAAUUUUUUGUGCGCCCCGCGGCGUCGUGUCAUUCCAUUCAUUCUCGAAACGAAGCAAUGAAAUAAAGCACACAUUGAGCCGUUUCACACAGGGCAAGCAAGCCCCUCUCGCCCUUCGCAUUGUCCAUUAUUUGAUUUGGUACUGCUGCAAACCCCUCACAAAUGUGGGUGUUCGGAUGGCACUUCUCGGCGGCCCGUCUUUUGUCGCCGCUAGGCAAUUUAUGUCAAUCCGAGUUGUUUCUUGAGCCGUCCCUUCCCCUUUUUCUUUUCCGAAUGUGAUCCGGGUAGCCAUUGCCGGCAGAAAGCACAAGUUGCCAAGCCGAAAUGACAGCAAUUCUGACACUUUGUUUGUCAUGUAAGGCUUGGGUGUGGUGCUAAACCCAAAUUUUGAAGACAGCUCAAAAUGCACUGCUUUCCGUUUAAUUCACUUCUUUUGAAACCUCGAAUCUCUCCCUCUUUUACUGCCAAUUGACAAACGGAAAUGGGAAACGGAUAGGGGGAGACCAGACAGAUUUGUACUUUUUUUUUACAAAACUUCCGCCUGAAUAUAGCUGAAUUCACUCGGUUCUACUUUCGACACAAAAAAAGAACUAGAACUAGAUAAAGUUCUCAGAAAGCUUGAAAAAAAAGCAUUCAAAAGUUUUGUUUAUAAUAAUCGAACUCCCUUUCACUCUCAUUUUUCCUUCCAUAUUCAAAACAGACGCUUGUGGGUGGUUAGCAGGAAAUAUUCAUGUUCCAGACGGAACAAAAAGUUCGAGAGUGUUUUGUUCGCUGUGAAUCUAAAAACGUAUUCUCCCUUCUUUUCUCUAUCUCUCUUUUUUCUUAUUUCAAAAUCAGAUUUCCUUCGAUGUACACUUUUUUUUCGAGAAUUUUAGAAGAACAUUGCUCAAAUCCGCGCAUUCCUCUUCAACUCUUAGCCGUCGUCUUCACUCAAACAAACAAGGGUUUUAGGAUAAGUAAUGAGGCGAUGAGACAGAGCACUUUCUCAGAAAACCCAUCUUUCAUGCUCCCGUGCUCUUCACACCGGUUCAACAGUCAUCCGCCGUUGAACUCCACGUAACAUUUUCUUGAAUGUUGUGAAGUAAAUCGUCUCUCGGUUGUUCCAUUAAUGAAAUCAACUGGUUUUUGUCGUCGUCGCCUUCUCCUACUUCUUCUUCUUCUUCUUACCCCCGUCUAUCCAAUUUCUGAAAUUGCGUACAUGUGUUGUCGAGUGGCAUUUAUAUGAAUCGGGUUUCGUGUGCGUGUGUUUGUGUCAAUUUCUAGAGGGAUAGGCUGCAGUCCCCGGGGAACACCGUCACUUCUUUGUUCAACAUGUUUCCCACUAACAGGCCACACUGACAUUCGCACCCAACUUUGAAACUUUGAAAAUUUCGAAUUUACAGCAAAAUAGAGAGCUCGUCGCAACAGCACAGCCCGGCGUCCAACAGCUCCUCGACAAAGUCCGAGGAUAGCGGAUUGGACGAUGGAUCCAGAAAGUCUGUGGUUAGUUUGCACUUUAAAAUUCGGAAAUCUUUGUUGGCGCACACCCCAAAGCACCUGAUUACACAAAGCGCGGUAUUUUUCAGUCGACCAAGCCGAUCUCUCGCAAGUCUUCGAGAAUGUCGCAAUCAUCUGGGGUUUCGCUUCCGCCGGUGCUCGAACAGCUGGAGCACAUGAUCAUUUCCGAUGACUGGCUUGGAAACGAAACUGCUCCGGCGGUGGGGCUCAAGCAGCAUGUGCAACUUGCCAAGACUAGGUAACCAAUUCGAAAUGCAUUGUGUUGUCUAGUAAAUUUAAAUUCUAAUUAAGAUCGAGAGAAGGACAGAAGUUGUCGGAGUUGGGCAGAACUUUGGUCACUUCGGCAUCUCUCAAGUCGUACAUCGACUUGCUCAGCAGCCACCACAGACAAAGCAUCGCCUCGUGGCUCUAUGGAAACGUAAACCAUGUCUUCAGCAACUUGUUCAGGUUUGUUGCUCUUCGUCUGGAAGGCCACUAACUGAUGUGUAAUUGCAGAUUCCCGGACUCUCAAAUCUAUUGCUCCGACCCGGAAGCGACUAUCUCAUUGUCAAUUAGAAACGGAAUUGGACAUGCUGUCAAACUGGCUCUGAGGUCUUCCUAUGGUACUGACUACGCCACCAAGGGAUGGAGAGCUUUUGUCGAGCAGGUUGAUCACCAAACGUGCGGCGAACUUUCAAAAAUUUGAAUAAGUUUUCCAGGGGGCUCCAGUGGUCUAUGUCUCCCCAGCUCUCCACAUGGACAUCUCCUCGUUCUUGGCUUCUGAGUUUGGAAUCGCUGACGUCACCAUUUUGCCGAAGAUUGAAUCCGAUUUGAGCGAGAUUGAAGGACGAAUUGUGAGGGGACUUUUUUUUGCGGAAAUGGGGGGUUUACAAUGAUGCUAUUGCAGGACUAUCAGAAAUUCGAGACUCUUCUCGAUGAAGACUUGGCCGCCGGCAAAAAGCCACUUAUUCUUGUUGGUGUCGUCGGAACGACCAUCUUGGGACAAAACGACAUGAUUUCCAAGAUUUUGGAGAUUCGUGAGAACAAGGCCAAGUUCUGGCUUCACAUCACGGGACAGGCUAUUGCCGCUAUGACGUUCCGCGAACCAAACAACAUUCUGGUUCAUGUCCUCUCCCAAGUCGACAGUAUGACCUUCCCAAUCGCUCUCUGGCUCGGAAUCCCAUCUGCUCCGGUUGUGGUGAGCAGCGAUAGACACGAAAAAUAGGAAAUUGGAGGUUUUUUCAGACUCUGCACAAGUCAGUUGAAGGUUACAAGGCUUCGUACCGCGAGAAGCUGGAGAGUCUUCCGUGGUGGGUCGCCACGUCGUACCUGUCCGGCAAGAAGAUUGUCGAUAUGAUUGAGAACGCAUUCCUUUUGGUAACAGACAUGAGAUUGUAAUGUCAAUUUCUCAACUUUUUGCAGAGCAAAGUGAUGCUCAAGGGACUUUCGGCUAUACCGGAAGUGGAAAUUGUCGGAGUUGACAACCCAGUUGACUUUGCCAAUCGUGUCUACAAGAGCAAGUUCACUGCUCCAACUGUGCUCAUUUUCAAGUACAACUACGUUAGCAUUAAGAAUGCUAUUCAAGUGAGUGGUUACACGUAGAACCGUUAAAAAAGAAGAAGUUUAGCAUCACAAGCAGUUGAUCGAAAAGAAUGAGGACCACGACGCUAUCUCGAUUGCUGAGAAGACACUUCAAGAUGAAUUGGAGUACGGAGACUACUUGAAUGCUUGGGUAUGUCUGGAACACUUUCGAACCCAGAACCGAUAAAUUGUUUCAGCUCCGCGACGGUCUUCUUCCGGAAUCUCUUCCUCUCGGAAUUGACACCAUUGAAUUGGGCGGAAACUAUGGCAUCGCCUUCCGCUUCUGUCCAUUGGAGCACGCUGCCAGUAUGUCAUCGGAAACGCAUCUGCCACGUCAUCCCGAAUCUCUUCCAGCUUUUUCUUCUCACAUUGAUCACGUCCAGCGAUUUGUCCGUAAACUGACUGACAUCAUGAGAAUUGUCGAGUCGACUGUGGCCGCAAAGCUCAAGUUCUCGGAGCUCAAAGAUGACUUCCCUUCGCUUGCCCUCCUUCCAAUCCGCAACUGGGCUGGAAUCGGCGCUGUUUGGUAGGGAAUCCUAUUGAAAGCGCGUCACAUGAAUUUUAUUUCAGCUACAUUCCGUCGAUUGUGAAAGAGACAAAUCCAGAAGACUGGAACGUCAUCCAAAAGCAACAAAUCUCUCAUCUCAACUUGGAGCUCGUGCACCAGUUGAAAAGCGUCGAUGCGGCUUUCUCUUCCGGAGAGUGCACUCGUUACGGCGUCUCUUGUGUUAAAUUCGGCAUGCUUUCCGAUGUGAAAGAUCUGCAUAAUCUGGUGGAAAUGGUGGCUCAGAAGGGAAAGGAGAUUGAGAACAGCCAACAGUACCUGGACAGUCUUGCGGACCUCAUCAGACAAGGAAUCGAGGCGGCAAAUGAAUCAUUGCGCAAGGAGAACGAUAUCAGACUUCAGAAUGAGGGAAUGAUGAGACAACUGCCGAUUAUGGGAUCUUUAGUCAACUGGUGGUCUCCGUUGACGCCAGAAUCACAAACGAUUCGUGGAAGAGCAUUCAAUCUCAAGACAGGUAAACGUUUGAAAGUUCUGACAACUUAAAAUUUGUUCAUUUCUACAGGAGAAAUGCAAGAAACCGAUGUUUUGUUCAAGUCGAAGAAGAACAGUGUUUCGACCCCGACAACCACAAAAAACGAGACUCCCCCAGUGCCCCAUGAGGUGUCCAACGGCAAGAUUGAAGAGUCCUCAGCUCCGACGACGGACAGUGAAGCUCCGGUGACCGAUGAGGCCGUCAGUUCUUCCGAAGAGGCCAAGCCAGUCGAGAGCGCGUAG